GUGGAAGGGAGGCUUGGAACGCAAAUGGUAGUAAGGGAAGGGCUGGGACUGUGAAUGGGCGGCGGGGCUUCCUGUCCGUCGAUGUGAUGGGCUUGGCCGCGGAGGAGGGGCGGCAGAGGAACCGGUUGCAGUGUCGGAUGGCACUGAGCGAGUUGUCCGGAUAGCCAGAGCCGUGCCCAGCCAUGGGUGACAUCAAUAAGACCCUGCACAAAUGGCAUGCCAGCUUCAGCAAGGGCACGGACUUCGACUCGUGGGGGCAACUGGUGGAGGCCAUUGAUGAGUACCAGAUGUAAGUGGCUCACCCCACACUGGGCAACAUGGGAGCUCUCAGUAUCCACACUUACUGUCACCAUGCACUGUCUGUCUGUCUGUCUGUCUGUCUGUGUGUGUGUGUGUGUAAUAAUAAUAAUAAUAAAUAUGGGAUAGGUGUGACCUGCAUGUAUGUAACAUUUAUACAGCUUAUAUUUAUGGGAGAUUUAUAAAUCAUGAUAUUAUUACACACAAACUUUUUUUUUUUUUGUGAGAUAUGUUAAAAAAUGUGUGUGUGUGUGUGUGUGUGUGUAUAUAUGUGUGUGUGUGUGUGUGUAUGUAUAUAAAAUUAAACAUUGGUGACCCAUAAUAGGUCUGUCUGAUCUGUGUGUAACAUUUAUAAAUGUUAUGUUUUUCUGAGAUUUAUAAAUAAUAGUCUCACACACAAAGUUUUUAGUGCGAUAGGUUUAAAAUGUGUGUGUGUGUGUGUGUGUGUGUGAUUAAAAACUGGAGCAUAUUCACUAAACACUGAAUUGUAGUGACUUAAAAUAAAUAGAUUUGCAGGAAGUGGUGAUUUGUAAGAAAUCUGCAAUUCUGUUACAGUCAUGAUUUGGAUAUUGUGCCUAAUUGUUGCAGUUUAGUUCGCAGUUCUCUACAGUUCGCUGUUAAGCGAAUGCACCCCAGGUUAUAUCUUCAGGGCAUUACUGUAUAUAUGUUACUGUAAUUUAUUUAAUGUUAUAAAUUGAUAAGUGCCCAUAGAAAGAAAUUACUUAUUUUUUCAUUGCUUCAUUAACUCAUAUAUUCUUAUAUUAUGUUAUGGUUCCUCUUACCACUGCAUCAGGGUGCACAAUAUGUGUUCAGAGGCUACAGAUAUAUUACUUCUUUGCCUGUAUUUCUUAUUAAAUGGGUUAUGUUUCAUUUAUAAGGUGUGUUUUCUUGCCUCAUGAAGUGCUGAAGAGGAAUAUAUUGCUAUGCAUAAUGUUGCUCUGUCUUUUGAACAGUCAGCAAGUCAACCCUCUUAAAGCCAGAGGCAUAUUGGAGAAUAAUAUGAAGUAUAAAGGAGCCUGUAGAGUUUUGCACAUUAUAGUUAACUGUGUGUGUGUGUGUGUGUAUGUGUGUAUAUAUAUAUAUAUAUAUAUAUAUAUAUAUAUAUAUAUAUAUAUAUAUAUAUAUAUAUAUAUAUAUAUAUAUAUUAGUCUAACACUAAUUAAUAAUAAAAUUACACUUUUUUAUUUUAAAUAAUGCUAGAGUGUAACCCUUAUUGUAAAGUGCACCAUAAAAAUUCCUUUUAAAGAAAAGGUAUUGCAGUAAAUAUGGAUAAUUGGGGUUUUCUGUAGUGACUUAAAAUGUUUUUGAAGUUGAACUUCGGUGAAUUUCUCAUAAUCAAAGGGUUGCAGAAAAUCUAUAUGUAUGCUUUAAAAAAAAAAAAAAAAUGCAUUAAAGGGAAACAAUAGUACCAGAAAAACAAAGUUUAUUUUCUUUGUAUUAUAGUGCCCCCUCUCCUGUGGUGCAGAUGUGGUUAAAAACCUCUUCUGUGACUGACUUGAUUCCUACUGCGCUCCUUCCCGGCUGCCAUAUUCUGCCAGUAGCGGAACCAAUGCCUGCAUGAAUUCCGCAGGGUUAGUGAGUGUCAGCAGAACAUCGUCCUCAUAUCCUGAAACUAAAAAUUGUUGGCCGGCUAUUAGUACCCCAGUAAUCGAAGGAUGUUCUCGUAUUGUCUGUAGGAGCGGUUCUAGUGUCAGGACAAAAAGUAGUGGGGAUAGAGGACAGCCCUGCUGAGUUUCAUUAAUCAGGGAGAAGGUAUUGCAGCAGGAGCCCAUGAGUAGUAUUUGCGCUGCGACGUUGGUAUACAUGGCUUGUACAGUGGCAAGGAAGGCAUCCGGGAUGUUGAAGUGUCUGAAGACUUCAAACAUAUAAGGCCAUUUCACGCGGUCAAAUGCCUUUUCCGCAUCCAGGGAUAAAAUUAGGGAAGGGGUCUGGGUCUGUGCUAGUUUCCAAAGCAUGUCAAUAAUACGUCUCGUGUUUUCGAAUAACUGUCGCCCUGGGAUGAAACCUACCUGAUCCGCAUUAAUCAAGUGGCCCGGGUAUGGACUAAAGGGACACUCCAGGCACCCACUGCCCAUUGAAGUGGUCUGGGUGCCAACUCCCACUACCCUUAACCCUACAAGUGUUAUUAUUGCAGUUUUCAUAAACUGCAAUAUUUACCUUGAAGGGUUAAGUCCUCCUCUAGUGGCUGUCCAAUAGAACACGAAAAGUGUGCUAUAACGUUGCUGGACGUCCUCACGAUAUGUGAAGAACUCCAGCAUCGCUGAAAUCCCCAUAGGAAAGCAUUAUUCAGUGCUUUCCUAUGGGGAGGUCUAAUGCGCGUGCGUGGCAUUGCCGCGCAUGUGCAUUAGGUCUCCCCCGCAGGAUGACGUCGGCCGGGGAGGAUUGUGGGCGGCCUUGACCCAGCGCCGAGGGACAUUGGCGCUGGAUACAGGUAAGUCACUGAAGGGGUUUUAACCCUUUCAGCAACUUGGAGGGGGAGGGGACCUACAGUGCCAGGAAAAUGGUUUGUUUUCCUGGCACUGAAGAAUCCCUUUAAGCCUUUCUGCCAAGAUUUUUGGUAAAAUCCUUGCAUCAUGGUUAAGGAGAUAGGUCUGUAUGCCUCAGGUAAUAGGGCAUGUUUGGGUAGUAGGAUUAUGCUGGCGUGGGACAUAUCUCUAUCCGUGGUGCCUCCUGACAUUAAAUCGUUAAAUAAUGCAGUGAGGUGCGGGGUCAGCUCUUCUCUGAAUACUUUAUAAUAUCCCCCAUUGAAGCCAUCCGGGCCUGGGGCCUUGCCACCUUUCAAUAACGAUAUGGCCCUGUCUACCUCCUCCAUUGUAAUGGGAGCACCUCGUGUUGCCCCUGCUUCAUGUGACAAUUUUGGUAAAUUACUUUUCGCGAGGAAGGAGCACAUUUUCGUACGGUUGAUCUCAGAAGUAGCCGACAGAUUGUCAUCAGUGGAAUAGUUAUAUAAGGCUUUAAAAUAAUCAGUGAAUACCCGGUCAAUGUCGUCAGGGGAGGUUCUAAGAGUGCCGUCCUUAGCUCGUAUUAUCAUAAUGUGGGAACGCUGUUGCCUGGGCUGCAGGGUAUAGUGUCCCUUUUAAACACCACUGGUACACACACUUUCCAUGAGCAUAUCAUGUUUAAACUUAUUUUUAGCUUUAGUGUUCCUUUAUUUUUAAUGUUGGUUUCUUUUUUUUUUUUGUAAAUUCUUUAUUUUUACUUGUGCAUGAGGAAACGAGUAACAUUUAUACCUGCGGUGCUGCAACAGCAUUAGCAAGUGUAUGAAAAACAGUAGAGUUGACAUGGCAUGCGGUUAUUCGGCACAAUUUUAUAUUAUAUAAUCAAGUUAAAUCGCGUGAGGUUACGUCAGGGUAAGAGUUACAGUUCAAAACAUACAAUUACUGAGGGGUCAAGCGUUUUACAGACUAGAUAUUGGUUUGGCUAACCGUAUGCUUUCUGUAGUGACAUCAGGUGUAAGCUUAUAGCCGUAGUUAAGCAUUUUGGUGCACGGUGACGCUACAUUAGUUGAAAAUUAGGUUGCAUGGCAUAACAUGCGACUAUAAGCAGGUAAGCAAUCCGUGUAUGGUAGCCUGGUUCUAAGUCUGGCGCUCGGUUUAACUGCAAGGGGCUUGCGCUGCUGUAGCAUGCUGCAGUGUAUACAGGUCGUAUAUUGGCAGAUACAUUCGCCCACUGUCUAACGUAUGUAAAAUAAUAUAAGUGGAACAAUGAUAACACUGAUAAAAACGUUAAGAUGCUACACUGUUCAAGCUGUACUAUGUUAUAACUAAUACGACAGGAGUAUGUAUAGCAUUGCAUCUGAUGAUCAGGCAGUCAUUAUAUGUCCACAUGGUGCAUAGCAUAACUGUUAAGGUUCACUGAAGGCAGCACCAAGCCCUUAUCGCAUAGCAUUAAUUUUGUCUUGCUUAAAGUGAGGUAAAGGUAAUAAUAAGCUUUCGAACUAAAAAAAAGAAAACCAAACUGAAAGGCUCCACUGGGUUUCUUUGGGAAAGUCUCUCCGCUCCCCAUCGACAAGUUGUCAGGUGUGCAAGGUCUGCCGGGCAUGUUGUUCCCAGGUCUCCGAUCCGUGUGGAGCAGUAGUUGCGUCCAGCUAUUGGGGUGGGUCCGGUGUGUGCCACGCUGCCAGCCCCGGGGUCUGUAUGAGCCAACCAUCUGUUCCCUCGGUUCCGGUUCCAUGAAAGGCUGGCAAUGGAUUUCCCGGUAAGUGUGGUCAGUCCAGACGUUGGGCUGCGGUUGGAGGGUUGACCUCUUGGACUCAAGACCCAGGAAGGCUGUCGUGGAGACCAGGCCCAAGUUCAUGGUGCGGAGGUGAGACAGUUGGGAUUCACCGCUUUAUCCCCAGGUGAGUAUGAUUUGCUUUCUUUUGCUGGGCUGCCUGUGGGUGAUGGGCACAGUCACGUCCGGUGUGGGCCUCGAGACUGCCAGGCAGGGCCCCUGUGUUCCCCGUCUUCUGAUGUCGUGCAUUCCCUGCGGGGGUGUGUUGCGGAGAGUCAGUUACCUCCAGUGGGGACUGGGAUGACCCCCGGGCCAAGGGGGGGGGGGGGAGAACGGGGCCCGCUAGAGGUGUCACAGGGUUUUGUCGGGAUAGCCAGGCUUGUUGGCAGGGCAGCGGCCGUCUGCCCCACGUCUCACCCAAGUAGGUGGUAGGCUCUGAAAUUGCGCACCGCAAAGGCCCCAAAACUCCUGAGCUUGGAGUCUGCAGUGCCGUCCAUCAUCUCCUGUGCACAUUAAUGGAUCUCUGCUCACGUUUGCCUGUGGUGGGUCCAUGGUUUCUGAUGAUUUUAGUUUGGAUUCAGCAGGAGCCUCAGUAGCAUGCGACCGGUCAGGCCCCGCCCCCGCGGUUUAUUUUUUUACUUUCAAUUCAGGGCUUUCAUUUGUUAAAAUAAACAAAUUAAAAAGUGAAAAACAAGUCUUUUUUUAAGCCUACCAGCCAUAUAGCAUCUGGGCAGUCAUCUCACACUUGCUGCUUCUCCUACAAUGAGAUUAUUGUUAACCAAUGGCUCACACUUUGUAAUCACCAUGCUCAGCCAAUACAAUACUUCUUAUAGAGAAGCAGUGAAUCCAAUCCUUCUCUGUGAAAAUCUUUAGAAGCAUUUGGUAUCCUCAAUAUCUUGUUGAAUGUAAAGACCUUUUUAAAGAAUUGAAAGUCUCAAGGAGGAGGUGUUUCUAGUAGCUGUCACAGCUUGUUUUGCAUUAUCUGAGUAAAGCGGACAGCAUCUAAACACCAAAAAAUAUAUAUUAAAGUGUAAUAUUUUGGUGCUUAAUGUCCCCUUAUAAUAAUGAAAUAACCCUGCAGUGUUAUUUUUAUCGACAUUGCAGAACUCUAAAAUACUUGCACUUUCUAAAGUGCUUCAUGUAUGAAGAGGGCGUCCUCCUUUUUUUUUUUUUUUUGUGUAUUACAAAAAGUGCAGAUUUCAGUAGAAAUUGGCACUUUUUUAAAUUAACUUUGUUACACCCCUUUGGAAGUCAGUCAGACAAAUGGUCCUAUUAUUUCCUGUUAGUUUAGCUCAGUGGAGCUAAACUUAAGAAACAGGCUGUUUGCCCACAGAAUCUACUUUGCAAAGACUUCUCAUUGAGUUGCAUUAGAAGUCUGUGAUUGGACUGCCACAUAAUGUCUGGGCUGUGUUAGAAGGGGAGGGCUUGCAAAGGCAGCACACAAGAGAACAUGCAGCUUUUGAAUGCUGUUUUUGGAUACACUCCCAGUGCAAAAAUGCAUAAUUAAAUGCAUUCAUUUUUCAAAGCCUCCAAAUAGCAGCACACUAUAUAGCACACUAAAUAGCAAUAGUACUGACACUGCCGUGGAUGCACUGUUACUUUUAAAUGGACACUCCAGACCGCAAAAGCACUUCUGUGUGCUUUAAGAGUAAACAUUGUGUCAUCUUUUUUUUUAUAAUUUUUUAUUUAAAAAAAAUAGCACGUUUCAAUAGAAAUUGACACUGUUAAAAUUUAACCUUAAACCCCCUGCAUCCAACUCCUAGGUGCCAUCUUACCUCAUGGGUUUAACCGUCAAUGAACGGUUAUACCCCAAAGUCUUCAGUCCAGUACCCAUCAGCACUGCCACUUCUGUCAAUCAAAAAAACAUUCCUGUUACUUCCUGGUCUGUUUAGCUCAGUGGAGCCCAGAGCACCUGCCUUUCAAAGACUUCUCAUUGAGCUGCAUUGAAAAGUCUGUGACUGGACAGCCACAGAAAGUCUGGGCGGGUUUAGGAGGGAAGGAUUUACAAAGGCUGCAUGAAUGAAAUCUGCAGUUUUUGCAAGCUGUUUUUAUAUAUACCGUCAUUCAGUGUUAAACUGCUUACAAAUGUCCUUACACAGAAUGGAAGGACAGUGCUUGGGCACUUCAGGCACUACAACCAAUUAAUUUACAUUAAAGCGGCACUGUCACCAUCUGAAGAACUUUGUUGAAUUUGCAAAGACCUCCAGCAAUGGCAUUGCAGCUGAGGUUCUGGUAGCCCUGGGGGCAGGUAAGUUGAGAUUUACCUACCUGAACCUGUCCUUUGCUGGCACUACCAUCUUAUUGUCUGCUAAUCUUUAGCUCCUGGAGCUUCAGCGCCGGGAGCCAAUGUCGCUGCUGUACUGUCGCUCACACAUCACUGAGGUCUAUGGAGGAUCCUGCAAGACUGCGGUAUCCUUCAUAGACACUGCCAAUUCCCUGCAGCCAUUACUGGUAAAGCUGUGGGGAUUGACACUUAGACUCUGCCCUGAGUCUCGGAAAGUCAGGCGGAGGAGAAAUACAGUCCCUCCUUUGUCUCUGUAUAUCUCUUUCUAUAUUUAUGUAAUACUCAUUUUUCAUGGGGGUGACAGUGUUGCUUUAAAUGGUUUAUAGUGCUUACAAUGUCCUUUUUAAUUUUAUCAUAUUUAUAUUUUCCCAAUAAAAAGUAUGCUUUAUAGCCCUCAAAAACUUACACCUUGACUCACCAUGUAUGUACUUAACAUAACCUCAUUUUAUUUCACUUUGUUUAAGUAUAUAUUUUAACUGGGGGAAAUGUUAACACCGUCAGUAUGUGUUUUUCAUACAGAUUUAUCUUUACGAAAUACUCAUUUUGUAGGGGAGAUGACAGUUCCAUUUUACGCUAAAAUAGCCAAACUAAAACAUGGCUGACUUAGAGAAUUUGGCUUUAAUUUGGCUUCUUUGUUUGGCCUAAGAUGUUAAGUUCACUUUGAAUCUCACGUUGGUAAGUAAUCCUGCCUGUAGAAGUGUGUUCUUGUUCAAUUUUUAAAGGAAUACUCUGGUCAGCAUAACAACUUAAUUGUAAUGGGGUUGUUAUGGUGCACCCCAAAGUCUUUAGUCCAAUGCCCGCCAGCACUGCCCCUACACUUCCGUUCCAGACCAAGGCUUCAAUCAGGAAGUGGCUCCCCAUUUACAAAACAGAGUGAAAAAGAUAUGGCACUUUUUCACUCUAUGCUGAGAAUAGGGGAGCCAGUGAUAGGUUGAAAGUGUUGUCAGUAAGUGAAGGGGCAGAGCUGACCGGCACCAGAUUGAAGACUUUAGGGUUAAAAUGUUCAAUAAUGUUUUUUCACCUUAAGGCAAGCCUGUCCCUGGGACCUUUCGUUACUAUACCAACUGUUAUUCUGGAACCAAGUUAUGAUGCCUGAAGUGUCCUUUCCAUUCUCUUUUCUCUUUUUUUUUCUACACAUCUUGCCUAAACAAGUUUACAUGUUUUAAUUAUUACACUAUUGAAAACUACAUCCAGGUCUGAGAAUCUGAAUAUUAUAUUGCUCUGAAACCAUAGAGUGAGACCACCUGUACUUGGUUCUUUUGUUUAUCUUCCUGAAUGCAGGCAAAUUUUGCUGUGAAGGACUCCCGGGUCAUCCACUAAAGCAGAUUUGGAGUUUGCCUUGUUCCAACAGCCGUUGUAUUGUAGAUAGGUUGGCAACGUUUGUUUUGCUGUCUGAUUCACAUUUGGUUUCGAUAAAUAUUUUGCAGCCUGUUCCUGGUUCACCCUCAGGUAUGCAAAUAAUGAUUUCUUUAUUUCAUUUGUGUAUUAAUAAAAUAAUUGUAGUAAUGGGGGUUCUGAAUUUUCCAGGUAGAAUGUGGUCAAUUGAAAACGGAAUUUCAGACGUUAGGCCUAAACUAGUUGGAAACAUUCUACAACAGAGCUAUAGUCCAAGCGUCGUAACAAAUUGAAGUCUGAGUGAUCAAAUAUAUGUAAACGUUCCUGAUAUGGAAUAAUCCUCUAAUUUAGCUAGUCACAGCUUGGCUUUUUACCCUCCUCUCAAUGUCUGUCUUUCAGAAUUCAGUUCCCUACAUUUCAAUGUUUAAAUAAUCUUAUUAGUCUGAAUUUUGUAAUUUGCCACAAUUCUUUGUUAAGCAAGCAAUCCUCUAUGCAAGGGUUAAUCACUGAAAGGAACACUAGGAUCAGAAACACAAAUGUGUAUUACUGACCCUUUAGUGUUGAAUACACAAUUUAGUCCCCCCUGAAACUCACCUUAUCAAAUAUAAUAAAAAGGGUAGUAUGUCGAUGUCAGACGAUGCCUUGGCUCGGUAGAGUCUCUGGCUGUUGCCGGUAACAUCUUGAGGCAUUCUGGAGGCAAUUCUGGGUAGGGGUUAUGCGUGGCCUCUCUCCAGCCCCAGGCCUUGUUGAGGGCCUGCAUCUUUGUACCACUGACCAGGUGUCUCUCAUUUGAGUCCUACUCAUUCCUCUAUGGGAGGUGACAGACGCUUUGGGUGGUCAGUCGUCUCUUGUGGGGUCUGCGCUUCUGCCUCUGUGGGUGAUGCUUUGGGAGGGAAUCCCUUUUGGCUCUCUGCCCAGGUGGGCUUACUGUGUGAGGCUUGGAUGCUGGUUUGGAGGUUGCGCCCCUUCUCCUGCUCGCCUCCGUACACUCCUCUGUCUCCUAGUUCCACUCCUCUGUCCCCUAGUUGCCACUGCUGCCCGUACCUCCAUCUGAUCCCAGAAGCGGGCGAAAAUCUUGUCUAGGUGCUUCAGCAUUCGCUCUAGCGUGGUGCACCCUGCUGUUGCCACAUGUCACUUGGAAAGGGCGCGUCCGCCAUUUUGAGGAUGAGUGCUGGAGCUCGGUUUCUGGCAGUAUUGGCUGCCUGUGGUCAACAAGAUGGGGACCAGGAUUACCCCGGCUAGUCCAGGGGGGGCUUGGGGUAAGCGAGUUUCAGGGUCCCAGCUUCUACUUAAGAGCCCAGAGAGCAGCCGUCUCUCCAUGACACCGCCUCGUGUAGGCUGCAAGCUUCAAGUGUGUCAGCCCGACGUCGUAGGAGCCUGAGAAAGGUACCGUCUGGUGCAGCAACCUCUCCCGGUUAUGAUUAGGGGAAGCUGCGUGCUGUGAGUGCCGAUUGCCAGGUAAAGCACCCUGUUUUUUGUUGCCAAAGACGUCUGGACUGCUAAGCUGCGCCCCACUCUUGCAGAUUUCUAUAGAAAUUGUUACUUUUAUAAUUUAUCUUGUUACACCCCCUGACUUUCAAUCAGACUUCAGUUCUUGCAACUUCCUGGUUUGUUUAGCUCAGUGGAGCUUAACUCAAGAGGCAGCAAUAGCUCAAAGCACCUGCCUUGCACAUACUUUUCAUUGAGCUGCAUUAGGAAGCCUAUGAUUGGACAGCAACAAAUAGUCUAGGCUGGGGGCUUGCAAAUGCAGCACAAAAUAGAACUGCAGCUUUUGCAUGGUGUUUUUGGAUAAUUGGAUGUUUUUGUGCAUAAUGAAUUCAUUUUUUUUCAUUUAGUGUUUGUCUACUAAAGAGUGAUUUUUAAUUAGUAAUUUUUAAAAAUUAUUUAGACAGUGGAGUGUCUCAAAGAAACUGGGAACAUAAGGAAAGUUUAAAAAAAAAAAAAAAAAAACCAUGGCCAAUUUAAGGCCAUCUUUUCUUUCUUUCAUGUGUGCAAGCUAACAAUCAGAUAUUUGGUGAUGCUUUUUGUUUUGUCCAAAUCCUAUGAUACUGUUCUGCUCUUGGCAGGAUUUCUGUGGCAAUAGAUUUGUAGUAGUGAUAGCAUUUUUUGGCAUAAAUUCACAUUGUUGGCAGGAACCCAGUUGAUUAACUGUAUCCCUGUCAGUGGAGGGCUGGCAAGGGACAACUGUUUCCUGGGCCACCAGCACGCAUGGUUUGGGUUUUACAAUCUCACAGUAACAUUUCCUUGUCAAUGAAAAGCAACUGGAUUCAUGUUUGGGAUAUAUCCCUGCAUGCAGCAGACAAUGAUGUGGCAUGAUGUGGAGGUGCUUGCAAAGUUCAACGUGAUGGUAACAGUGGAGUUUGGGUAAAUGGUCGAUCACAUACGCAUGCUCAGAUUUCUGUGUGUCUGCCCUCAUGCUGCAUAGGUUAUGGUAACGGUUAUUUUAGGGAUAUAUGAUGUCACUGUUUGCAACUCUAUCAGCCUCCAAUCGUAAAAACCUUAAAUUGCUUAGGCAAUGUAAGUAGGAUUAUCUGUGAGUUUCUUGUGGGGGGAAAAAAGCAAACCGUUUUCAUUCCUUAUUUUUUUUAUACUUUUAGAAAUACAGCUGAUCGCUUUCAGUUUCAAGCAAUAGUAUUCAGGUUCCCACCCAAACUCUCUGGCUGUUUUUAGGUGGAGUCUUUUUGCAGGAUGUGGAUGUGGAGGAAAGAUCAAAUCUAUACACACAGAUGAACAGUCAGACGUUAUAAAUGAAGUUGUUAAAACCACUAAAGGGGAAAAAAUGUGCACAGAAAAAACGUGAAUGUGUUCUUGUAUGUUUUAAUAAUCUGGUGUGCGUUUGUGAAGUAAAAUGAAUGUAUAAUUUGAAGGGAGAUCAUAUCGUUUCAAACUCCCGACUGAUUUUAGUCAAUUCUCAAAUAGAUUAUUUUCAAGAUGUGUCUGAGAUGAUAUUGUGUCUGUCCAUUUCUCUCUGCCUAUCUGUGGGUAUAUCACAUAUACAUAUUGUUUACUGCUUUUCAAUUGUAUGGUGGGUGUAUAUAUAACAAUUCUGGAGAAGUCCUAAACAAACCACCAGAUUUUAUGAAUGGGUUUAUUAAAGUAAAAUAAUGCCAUAAGAUGAUUCUAAACACUUUGCUUUGUAUGAAUUUAUUUUAGGACAUGGGUUCCUUUAAUCUUAAGGCAGCACCAGUGCAUACAAAUCCUGUCCUUCCAGUCGGCAGCUGCAGCCUGUAACUCGGUUCAAUAGCAGUGUGCUGGCCGAAGAGCUGGGCAUGAUUGCGCUGUUUUGUAUCUUCAGUUCAUAAUCUGAUGGUGAUAGGUAGAAGGGUUAUUUCCCUCUUAUCUUGGAUUGACAAGAACAUGCAUCCUCUAGUACUGUCCUAGGAGUAAGCCCACUGUACUGGAUGGUGUCCUUUAAAUUGUGCAUUACAGUAAAUCCACCUCCGGCAGCGUAACAAGCAGUCGUCAACAAAGUGAAAAUACUUUAAGACCCAUAACACGAGCCUCCCCCCACCCCUAUGUAAACAAUCAAACGGUUUGACAAUUUACCAAGGGUCUUUCGUGUGCUAGUCCCUCCCUCUCCUCUUCCAGUACUGAAGAGGAGGGCAGAGACUGCUGCCCAAUUUAACUCUUGUGAGCCAAGCCCUGUAGUAAAGGGUUAGCUCGUUGGCUGUAAAAGUCAGCUGACCUUUGUCAGCUAAUGAGCUAAGCAUUUAAGCCUGAAGAGCGCAUUUGGCUUUGGAGAAGCAGGGACUGACAUCCAACAGGCCCCAGGUUAUCAGGCAAAUGGUUUGCCUUCCUACAUUGAAGGGCACCAAAGCAUCAGACAGAGUGACAUAAGUUCACUAACACACACACACAUUUACUGGAAGACACACACACACUUUUUAACUCAGACACACAGUGACAGACAUGCACACAUUAACUCGCAGACACAUACAUUUACUCACAGACAUACUGACAGACACAAACACAUUGGAACACAUUCACUGACAGACACCCUGAUACUGACACACUCACCCACAUUGUCUCACAUACUUACAAAGUAUAUAUUUAUAUUUUAAUUCACCCAGCCUCCCUACCUCCUGGCAUCACUGUGGGGCAUGAGAGACAGCGCUACCUCCCCCAACUGCCUAAUGUGAGCAGCUGAAUGCCUAUGGGGGGUCCCUGAGGUGACUAGUCAGCCAUUCUUGGGCCUCCCAUGAAAGAGGCUAACAAGGCAUCUGCCAGGGCGCUUGGGGGUGGAGUUUCUUUGCUGCCUCCCUGAAAGUGCUGCCCAUGGCAAAUGCCUUGUUAGCCUCAUGUAAAAUACACCACACACUAAAGCGCUUUUGAGGGAGCAGAGUAAGAAGAACCAGACGAUUACAGGAUUAGAGGAGUUCCACUGGGCCCCAGGGAAAAGAUUAACUCCAGUUCUCCCAAAGGUAUGGAGGCUGGGUAAACUUGGAUUAGAAAAGCAAAAAAAUAUUUGUGAGUAUGUGAGAGAAUGUUUGUUUGUGUUUAAGUGACCUGCCCCCCUCCAAUUGCAUUACAGAGGUGUUUUUACUUGCCUCUUUUUCCCAACUGUGCUGGUCUCGCCGCAGCUGGCCCCGCCUCCAUGGUUGAGAUGGUCUCACCGCGCUGAACCAAUAAGCAUCUCCUCGUUGAGAUGCAUUGAAUCAUGCUUUGUUAGAUUAAAAAACAAUCCCUCUCCUAACCUUUUUAGCUGUCUUCUAGAUUUAAAGCAUCAUUGUCAAGCCGUGUUGUCAUUGGUUGUUUCUUGACAUAGCUUGCAGAAUUUUUAUUGUGGGCAUUUUAGAGCUUUUUUUGCAGAUUCAUGCCAUGUUAUAAUUUUGGUUUGUUGUGUUUGUAAAUUGUACAAGUUUAAAUUAAUAUAUUUGUAUGCCCUGCAGAUUAGCCAGGCAGUUACAAAAAGAGGCACAGUCUUCAGCCAACUCCUCUGACUUUACGGAAGAUCAGAAGGUAAGCUCUCUUAUCUGCCACUUUGUUAUACCUACAGCUGUCCAACUUUUACGAAGCCUGUAAUCAUUGUAAUCCGGUAAAGCAAUUAUUACAAAGAAGUUUAUUUUAAUCUUUUAUAAAAACACACAGCUGUGAUGUGGCAUAUUUGCUUAGUUUGUAAUACAAGGGUUCAUAGAUAACAUAGGAAGAGUUAAAGGGACACUCACAACAAUUUUUCAUUAAACUCCACAUUUUUGCAUAUUAAAUCCAAAUUGAAAAACUGAGGCAAACAUAGCUGACAUUGGAAGAAAUCUCGAACUCAAACACAACUUUGCUAUUUUGCCCCUGUUUUACCAUUCUGAUUUAAUCUGUGAGAAUGAGGAGUUGAAUAAACUUGACAGUCUGAUCCACGUAUGAUCCUUGGAAAGCUCCCAUGCCCCUCUUACUCUGUGUUUUAUUAAAUAUAAUUGCAGCAAUUUCCAAAACUUUGUUGCAUAUGUAUGCUCACCCUCUGUUCAAUGACAUUUUGGUGCGGUGUAUAGUCCAUACACUUUUCCAAAGACUCUCUUUGUGGCAUUUUAUAAAUGCAUGUCCACUACAAUAAUAUACCUCCUUUGUAGUACACUUUAAUGCAUAAAGCAUUGUAAGUUGCUGAACUACAUACCCGGUAAAUCUCUGCUGGUCAUUGAUGGCAGGGGAAGAACAAUAUUUGGGUGAUCAUUUUUAUUCUUUUUCUGCUUAAUCUAAAUAUUCUGUGCUGUCAUGAUGCAUCACAAACGAUAAUCCCUGCCUAGUAGGAAGACAAGUCCAUGAGAUAUCACUAUUGGUAUACAUUGUGUUUAUAACAUCCCUCCCUGCUUGCCCGCCCAAAGUAAAGAGGAAUGCUCCUGUGUGUACAAAUACCUUCCAAUAUCGUUUGUACAUAAUUGAUUACUUACUUAUUUUCUACCGCCUACGAUACUUGUCCUGUAAUUGGCAUUGUGAAAUAUUUUCAGUUUGAGUAUUGGUAGGUUUUCCAAAUUAGUUUUUGAAAUUUGAAGUUUAUGGACAUUUGUAUGAGCCAGUCAUCAGAUAACUUAAAAAAGAGACAUAGGGGACACUUGUAUCAUUCCUGACCAGAAGCAGGGGCUGCUGCCGCAGAUUCCAGGUAAGUUGUCAGACAAUCUAAAACUGUUUGGCAAUUUACACUGGCAUGUUACUAGGGUGCUCCUGGCACUAGAACCAUACUGCUUGGAGUGUUCCUCAACCCAUGUCCUAAAAAGGUAUAUUUGGAGAGUGAAGAACAAAAAGUAAGUUAUAAAAUAAAAAUUAUAUAUCCGUUAUAUUGACAUGUUUAAGAUGCCUAAAACUACCAGUGCACAUCAGUUAAACAUGCUAUAUGCAACACUCCAAAUGUAUUGCCAGUUCAGUUAUGUAAAGCAUUUUUUGCCUUCAGGUGUGUUGGGCCUAGCCAAAUUAAACUGAUAAGCACAUCCACAAGGCAACUGGCUUCCAGUCAAUGAAAACAGACAAGAGAUCAUUUUUGUUACCACCCAACAAUGUUUUGCUUAUACAGGGUUUGGGCCAGUUGGCAACUUUUUUGUAAACAUUCUGAGCCAGCGAAAUGUAUUGGUUGGCAAACUAAAAAUGUGCAGUUAGCACCUAGCUUUUUUUUUUUUAAUUAGGAGUUCUGUAUAUUUUAUGUUUUGUUUUUCAUUGCUUUCUUGAAAAUGAUGUGUGUUUGUGGGUUUUUUUUUUUUGUUUGUUUUUUCUCCAUCCUCCAGGUUUUGAGCAUGAUGGAAGUACCAUGUAUUUUUUUUUUUUUUUAUAUUUUUGUUAUUUUUUUUCGUAAUUCCUGGCACAUUGUAAAAAUAACAUUUGUGUCUUGAAAGGAUUGAAGAGUUACUUGUUAAGUGGUACUUUUAAAACACUAAGAAAACAAAUCUAUUUAUAAACGAAGACCUGUUUGACUGGUUCUAAUUCUCAUUAGUUCCUAAUCUGCCUUUUUUCCUAUUUGCCUGGCAUAUUCGCUAAAAGUUCAAUGUGAGAGAGAAGUUCUGUCUUCAGAAUUCUGACACUCUGCAUUCUCAAGGUGGAAGCAGGCGCUGUCUGCCCCAGGAGUCAAAUAUUUCCUGUUUUAUCUCAGAGGGUAGAUCCGCUAAUCUCCUGUGCGCGCACUGCUGUGUAAAAUAUAAUGGGGAACCAUUUCAGUUAAAAUUAAUUUAGCCAAGAUAUUACUAAAUCUGUAUCUCAUUUAAGCUCUUUACAUACAUAUUGUUGAGUAAAAAGACAAUUUAACAUUCUUGAAAGAUUAUCUCAGCCUUCUGACUGGGCUUAAACAGGAAAGAAACAUCAAGAAGAUUGUUCCUGCGGGGCCCUCGAUAAGCCCAAGUGGCCUAUCCGGGUUAGGCGCUUGCAGAGUUCAUUGAUGAUCUUUCAGAUGUUCUGACCACGACUGACACCUGCAGCUUAUGGUUCAUCUUGGUUCGCUUUUGGAGACAUUUUGAAAUAAGUGGGGUUUUUUGCUCUCUGAUGUUAGUUUUAUAACCAUAGUUUUCAAAUUAAUUUAUUAACUGUGAUGAGUAAAUUUGCAAAACAUGUGCAGUUGACUUUUAAAGGGAGUCUCUUACCACUUAAAUCUUAAUGUAGUGGUUUUCGUCCUGUCCCUUUUCUCUGGCAAUGUAAAACAUUUUGAAAACACUAAACUGUUUACAUGUUGCCUAAACCACUCCACUAGUGGCUGUCUGACUGGAUCUACAAUCAGGAAGAGCCUCAGAUAAUCUUCCUUAAAGGGAUGCUACAAGUGCCAGGAAUGCAAAGCUGUAUUCCUAGCACUAUAGGUAGUCUCCCCUCUCCCUCACACCCCCCCCACCAAUGUGAUUAAAUGUUUAAAAACCCUUCAUUUACUAAACUUACCCCAGCAUCGAUGCUAUGCCUCUGACGUUCCACAACAAGCAGGUGCUAAUGCGCAUGCAAGGUAAAUGAUGUGCAUGCAUUAGACCUUCCCAUAGGAAAGCAUUAAAUCUGUGCUUUCCUAUGGGAAAAAAUCUUACACUGGAUGUCCUCAUGCAGAGUUUAAAGACAUCCAGCGUUGGUUACUAUACCUAAGGUCCGUUAAGAUCCUGGAGGCAGACUUUGUGCUGCAAUGUAAACAUUGCAGUUUCUCUGGAACUGAAAUGUGUAACAUUGCAACACUAAGUGCAAUAGUGAUACUGUAACAAGACCACUUCAAUAAGCUGAAGUGGUUUGGGUGCCUACAAUGUCCCUUUUAAUGUAGAUCUUUUUAAAAGGUCUGUAUGGUCAGUGUUAUUGCACAGCAUGAUGACCAUGACCAAAUCUGAUGCUUUACAUAAAGAAACCUUGGAUUCAGUGUUUCUCGCUGAAAGGCAUUGGAUACAUUACGUAUCUAUGACAAAUAUUGGAUUGGCUGAGUGUGGAGAUUGCUACAUAUGCACCCUCUGUUUCUAAUGUUUCUCUAUGAGAAGGACAAGCAUUGGACUAGACAAAAAUCAUAGGAAUUGCUUAAGUUGAAUGGUGUGUGUGUGUUUUUUGUUGUUGUUUUUUUUAAACAAGGAAGCCCCCUUUAACCCCUUAAGGACACAUGACGUGUGACAUGUCCUGAUUCCCUUUUAUUCCAGAAGUUUGGUCCUUAAGGGGUUAAUCUAAACAAAGAAAGGAAAACUCUAACCUUAAAGGACCACUAUAGGCACCCAGACCACUUCAGCAUAAUGAAGUGGUCUGGGUGCCAGGUCCAGCUAGGAUUAACCCUUUCUUCUAUAUACAUAGCAGUUUCAGAGAAACUGCUAUGUUUACCUAUGGGUUAAUCCAGCCUCUAGUGGCUGUCUCAUUGACAGCCGCUAGAGGCGCUUCUGCGCUUCUCACUGUGAUUUUCACAGUGAGAAGAUGCCAGCGUCCAUAGGAAAGCAUUGAGAAUGCUUUCCUAUGGACUAGCUGAAGGCGCGCCUGUCUCUUGACGCGCAUGCGCAUUCAGCCGUUGAUGAUUAGGAGGAGGAGGAGAGUCCCCUGCCCGGUGCUGGAAAAAGAAGUAAAUUUAACCCCUUCCACCCUCUAGAGCCUGGCGGGAGGGGGGCCAUGAGGGUGGGGGCAUCCUCAGGGCACUAUAGUGCCAGGAAAACGAGUAUGUUUUCCUGGCACUAUAGUGGUCCUUUAACCCCUUAAGGACACAUGACAUGUCAUGAUUCCCUUUUAUUCCAGAAGUUUGGUCAUUAAGGGGUUAAACAUAAGCUUCAUGUUAAUCCUUUCAGAAAGCUGCAAAACCUGUAUUGGGUUAAUAUCUGCGAAAUAAUUUAAAAGAAAUAAUAAUUUACUUUCAUUUUGUCUUUAAAAAGCACAAAUUCUCCUUACUGAGUGCUUUAGGAUGCUAUUUUAUUCUACAUGGAGCACUGUGUAUUUGGAAAUACCUACUUGCCCCUAAACCAAGGGGGAUUAUUCACUAAACUCAGAGUUGCAAUGAAUUGAAAUCGAAAUGGCAAAAUAGCUAAUCCAUGACUAUAGUUGAACGGCCAUUACAGCUUCAUAUUAAUGUAGUGACGAAGGUCUUGUAAUUCUAGUCUGCAAUGAAAAGCAUUGCUAUUUUUUUUUGGUGUCCAUGAGUAUGCUGAACGUCAUCAAAUGCUUCUUAUUGAGAUGUAAUUGACAUUUUAAUGCUAUAAAUUCCUCAAACAUUGAGAUAUAUAUAUAUAUAUAUAUAUAUAUAUAUAUAUAUAUAUAUAUAUAUAUAUAUAUAUAUAUAUAUAUAUAUAUAUAUAUAUAUAUAUAUAUAAAAUAUUAUACAUAUGUAUGUGUGUAUGAACCGUGUAAUUGGUAAAAUUAUUCUUGAGACCUCAAAAUAAAACGUGAACCUUGAAUUGGUAUUAAUUUAAUUCAACUCAAAUCAUUGUAUAUCUUAUCUGAUAGUUUUGGGCUAGGACUUGUUAGGGUAACAUCUCACAGGAGUUAAUGGUUAGGGAUAUGGUUGGGGUAGUGUAGGGGUUUAGGGUUGGUGUCAGUGUUUUGAGGUUUUAAACUACCCUAGAGUUUACGUAUUUACCAUUAGAUUAGAUUAGUAGACGUUACAGUCUUAAGAGGCAGAUUUGACUCUCACUAAUGGCAGUCUGAGACAACAAUGUCCUGGUUCGUCCUGAUGUUAAGGUCCCCGAACAGACCAGUGUUGAUAUGUGCAUUAUUCCCAGAUCAUUAUGUGGAGCAACUACAUGGGUGCCAUCAUAUCUGUGCAGUCCAACGUUCCUAAACCUCUACCCGUUGUUUCAAAAUCAAUGAGGCCAUUUCGAGAUUUGACAUGAAAGUCGAGCAAAUAUCCCAAGCACAGAGGCUUUUACCUGAAAUCCUAAAACAGAGGGUUAAAAAACCCAUUAAUCACUUACCCGACUCCACCCCUGAGGUCCUUCUUCGCUGGCUCUGUCUGCCUCCUCUGACGUCACAGCAAUGGGGAACCUGAUGCUUGGUGAGCACUGCAUUCACAUUAGGCUUGCUCCAUAGGAAAGUAUUUCAUCAAGCUGGGAAACCUCAUGCCAAGCAAGGGAACGUCCAGCGUCGUUUUACUGAGUUAAACUCUGUGAAACCGCAGGAAGCACCUCUAAUGGCUGUCUGAUAGAAAGCCACUAGAGCCAGUUUUAGUACUGCAAUGUUCUAAGCUGUAGGGUUAAGAGGACCGGGACCGUGCACCAAGACCACUUUAAUGAGAUGACGUGUUCUGAGUGCUUAUAGAAUCCCUUUAACGUCUCUGUAAGUUAUAUUUGUGGCAAAUCAUGCUUUAAUGGUUUGUGGGUUUUUUUCCCCCUCUUUUUCUUUCCAACACCCACCUGCCCCAAUGGACCAGCCACUGCACCCUAUAGCAAACUGUCUCUUUCAGGUCACCAGCUGUCUUUAGAAACCACCAGGGCCAAGGAGGGCUAAUGUGCUGCUUCUGCAUGGUUCAAUUAGACCCGAACACCUUUUGUAAAGCAGCUUGGCUUUUGUCCUGCCUUGUAAAUGGCUCUCUUUCAUUAGGGCUGCUGAACUUUACACACAUCUCCAGUGAUUUAAUACUUCAAACAUCACGUGAACCAGCGGCUUUAUGACUUUUCAGGGAUUUGGAGAUUUGAAAUAGUUUGAGUAGAAUGUAUAUGGAAACUGGAUAAUGUUUUGGCAUAAUACCAGCAGGCAUUAUUCAUAGCCACCACACCCAGCUUCAAAUGUGGAAAUGACAGCAAACUUAGGAUAUCAAGCACAGUGUGUGUGUGUGUGUGUGUUCGCGCACACAUGAGUGAACACACACAAUUUGCAUGUGUGCAACUUAAUGUCUUUCCUGUUUCUUUGUGUUUUUGUUUUUUUUUGGUUUUUUUUAAAUAAAGGUUUGUGAGUUGCUGCAUUUAUUUUUAUUUUGAGAAUACUGUAGUCACUGAUAUGUAACAUUUAAAAGGUUCGGAUUGAAGAAUCUUGUCUUUUAAAAUGUAUUUCAUAAAUGAUGCAUUUAAAUUUUCUCUUGUAAGCAAACUUGUAGAGUUUUGCUGCUGUACUCUAAAAUGAGUAAAUCUGUCACGUUGGAAACUGGCUAUAUUUUCCACAUUUAUCUGUUACUUUUGAAAUCUUACAAGGUUCUAGCUCCCGGUUUUAUACCCAGCAUACUAAGCCUUUUGUUCUUCCAAUAUUGGUACAAUGGGUAUUAACAUCUAGACAUCAGGAUUCAUUUGACAACUGGCAAAAAAAAUAAAGAACCUGUUUAUUAUAUCAUUUAGGGUGGGAUGUUAUCAUUGUGCAACAUAAUAUGUACUAAGCCAAGAUUUACUGUUCUUAUUAAAGUUAUCACAUAAAAUGCAUUUGAUUAAUUUUCUAUUUCUAUUAUUUUUGUGUUGAUUGAUCUUUGAGAGUUACUCAUUUCUACAGCUUUCUAAUGUAUCCUAUUUUUAUUUGCAGAAAACAAUUGGAAAAAUUGCGACAUGCCUGGAACUCCGCAGUGCUGCCCUGCAGGUAAACUGUCCAACAUUUUUAAUGGUCACGAAAUAAUGUCUUUUACUUUGUAUGAUACUUCCUGAGGGACCGUAUGUAUUUACACUAACAAAGUUAUUCACUAAAGCGAGACUUCAAAGUGAAUUUUAGAUUUAAUGGGACACUAUAGUCACCAGAACAACUACAGCUUAAUGUAGUAGUUCUGUUGUCUAUAGCCUGUCCCUGCAGGCAGAGGAAUGAAAAUUCUGCCUUUUCAGAUAAGACAGUGUUUACAUUGCUGGCUAGGAACACCUCUAGCGGCAGUCACUCUGACGGCCACUAGAGAUGCUUCCUAGUCUAGUGCAGCAACGUGUGCAGCACCUACAUUCAGCGUCUUCAUACUCUGCAUGGAGACACUGAGUUCUUCCCAUACAGAUGAAAUAAUUUAAUGCAUCUCAAUGAGGAUCUGCUAAUUAAUACAGUGUUUUGACGCGCAUGCACAACAGCUUUCCAAUGCUUUCCUAUAGGCAAGCCGUAAAAUGGCUGAGAACAUAAAGAUCAUCGUGGAGGCAGGGCCAGCCACGUGCAAGACCGGCUUGGCAGUGUAGAAAAGGUAAGUAAAAUCACCUUUUUAAUUCAGAGAGUGGGACCGGGGACUUUAUCAUUCCAGAACUAUAGUGUUAUAAAUACAUGAUUGUAUUCCUAAUAUUAUAGUGUUACUUUAAGGCAGGGUAGCUGAAUUGAAAGCAUAGCUAAUAUAGAGAUUUAUUCCAAUUUGGCUAUUUUGACCUUAAAGGAUCACUAUAGGGUCAGGAACACAAACAUGUAUUCCUGACCUUAUAGGGUUAAAACCACCAUCUAGCCCCUCCCCCCUCCCCCACCCCCCCAGUCCCUCAUGCCUCCAUAAAUAUAGCAAAAUAGUACUUGUAUUCAAGCCUGAAGCUGUAACUCUGCAUGCUGUUUGUCCCAGAAAAACAAGCAGUCUGCUGACAUCAUCAGAAGUGGUGAUUGGCCUAAUCCAAUCACAAUGCUUCCCCAUAGGAUUGGCUGAGACUGACAAGGAGGCAGAUCAGGGGCAGAGCCAGCAUGAUUCAAACACAGCCCUGGCCAAUCAGCAUCUCCUUAUAGAUAUGAAUUGAAUCAAUGAAUCUCUAUGAGGAAAGUUCAGUGUCUGCAUGCAGUGGGAGGAGACACUGAAUGUUUGGAUGCAGUUUAGGCAGCCAUGACCCAGGAAGGAUCUCUAACAGCCAUCUGAGGAGUGGCCAGUGAAGUUAUCACUAGGCUGUAAUGUAAACACUGCAUUUUCACUGAAAAGACAGUGUUUACAGCAAAAAGCCUGAAGAUAAUGAUUCAACUCACCAGAACAAAUUCAAUAAGCUAUAGUUGUUCUGGUGACUAUAUUGUCCCUUUAAAUCUGAAAUUCACUUUGAAUUCUCCUUUUCUACAAAUUUUUUGUCAAUCUUUAUUUAUAUCGUGCAUGAAGUAACAGUAAGCUUGCUAAGCCACGACAGCAAUCACAAGCAUAGUGAAAAACCAGCAUUAUAAUUAUCAACAUGGCAUAUAGUUAAACUGCACAUUUUUUUUUUGUUUUCCGCUUAUAUUACUAGGAGAACUAGACAGUGGACAGACAGAACAAAUCAUAAGAAACAGGCUAUACUGGCUUGCUGUAAGGAUAGUGUAAAUUAAAAUAAACAAUUGUUUUACAUGCUGGGCAAGUUGGAAACUUUUAAGCAAAAUUGUUGGGCCACCGUGUUCCGACACCCUCUGCCAAGACUGCCUUUUAAGUUAGAGUUACGAAAACGCCACACAGGCUGGUUCAGUAUGUCACAACUAAUAGCAAAUAUGAGUAUUGCUAACAGGAUAUGGUAGCUAGUCAUGGUGGCUGACACUAAGCAGGCCCACUGCAUGUUUAGAUAUUUACGUUUGAGAAGGUGACCACGGACCCUAAACAAUCUAGCAUACAACUGUACUGCACAGGGAUAAGAUGGAACAUAGUUAGUAGCAAGUCACUGUGGUAGUAGAGAGAAAAGUCGAGCUAGAGAUUAGGGCACAACACAGAAUGUCAAAGUUAGCUGGUUUUGGGGGCGCAUGGGGGUGUGAAGAAUUGCUCCAUGCAGGGCUGUAAGUUUCACCCAAUGCCCAGACCUGGAAGUGAAUGGGGAUAUGCGGUAGAGACAUCUGAGGCCUAGUUGCUCUCCUGCCCCAGGUCGUCAUGAAGGCAUGCAUCCCAUAACCACAGACUCAGAUACUCUUAAAUGAGGCCAAGUCUCUCCCUAGUGGGAUCCAGCCGUAGCUUCUGCUGGUCUAUCACUGUGGUAGUAGAGAGAAAAGUGGCUCUAAUACUCAAAAUAUUACCUCAAAACUGCACAAUUUUGCAGGAGCUCGUGCAGGGCAUGUCUUGUCUGCUUGCAGGUCAGGCUCCGCCCUCUCUGAAUUCACAAUUUUAAAGCAAAUUACCCUGUAAGUCUUCAAUAGUAGGGUAUUAAUGUUUUCACUUUUUUCAAGUUAUUCAUUUUCAAACAAUAACCUAAACAAAAAGGAAUAAAAUUACUGUUUCAAGGAGGCACCAUGACGAUCUAGUUAUAGUAUGCACAGUUACUGUCCUAUUUCUGACUGGAGUAUUUUCACACAAAAAAAAGUUAAAUCCAUUUUACUUCAUUAUAUGUCACUAUUUAGAUGAUAUUUUCUGUAUUGGGACAUUUCGAAUUUUUGGUAGACUGUGUCCAGACAUACAUUGCUUUUGUUGACCUGCUAGCUGGCACAAUUCUGGAGAGGAGGAAUAAAUAGGGCUUAAGUUUAACCCAUUGGGUCCCAAACUGCUAAUCUUAUUCGCUCUUACAGUGGUAAUUUAAGUAUUGGAAGGUUAAUUAUGGAUUUCAACUAUGUAUAAAACAUAAUGUAAACAAAAUCUUUUCUGUGCCAUUAAGAUCUUGAAAUCCCACAGCAGUCCCUACAUUAUAGCCAAGUGUUUACUGGUUGCUUAGCAGAGUCGUCUGAGAGCUGAGUGUCCCUGACAUGCAGUGCAUGUCCAUUGAAAGUGUUAGAUUGUGUUAGGGAUAUAGCGUAGUCCUGGAACUUUGUCCAGAAUUCUCAUUGGUCACCCACUUUAAAUAGCUAUCUCCUACAUAAGUGUUACCUGGCAUGUGAUGGAUAAAAAGCAUGAGAAAUAUGACUUUUUCCUGGACAAAUUGCUUUGGCCUGGCAAUUGUUUUAUUAGGCUGGUAUUGUACCAUUUAGAAAUGGGUGAAAAAAUUGGACGCUUACAAGAGUUUUGCUCUUUUGUCUUUGUACGUUACCCAUUUAGUCAUUAUUUCAACUCAAAUCCAGUGUGUUUAAGUACAUAUACUUGGCAAAUAAUGGGGUGUUAUAAGCAGGGUGACCAGAACCACCAUGUGUUCAGGGGACAUAAAAUAUUGAUUAUAUUUAGGAAAACACAUAAAAAAGGGUUGCCCUGCAGUAUGUAUAAUGCAUAUUCUGGAGGAUUCCUAAUUGCUUAAUCUUAUACACCUUAUUCUGCAUUCUACAUACUACAGAGCUUCCCUUUCAUGUGCUGCCCUUCAAUAUGUAUAUGUGAUUUGUGUCCCUGAAAACAUGGAUCUGGUCAUCCUCUUUAGCCACUGUCUGGCUGCAGGAACUGGUCAGCAAAACAGCAGAUUCUAGUGUCAGCAUGAGCAUAAAUGGCAUAUGGAGAAAAAACUGCAGGAUUAAUCAGUGCACACUGACAUAGGAGCUAACUGCAGGUUUGCAUGUCAAUAUACUAAUGGAAAAUGAAAACAAGAUGUUACCAAAAUGAAAAACCUAGUGGGUCCCAUGUGUAAAGUAGGAGAGGGUGGAGAGUAAGUGGCUUCCUCGGUUAUGCAUGCAGGCAGUACCCCAGGUAGGUAAGGAAUGUCCAGGACAGUGCUCCCAGGCCCCAUUGAAAGCUCAGCCAACACCUUCAGUAGGUAAGGCAGAGUCCCAUAUAGUUAACUCCAGCCCGCGAUAUUCAAGUACACGAACCGGUAAGCCCUCUAUCCGCUCUCUGUCUAGCGCCUGUGGGUGGUCAGCGCCUUCAGGAUUGUUUCGGUACCAUUGUAUCUUGCAGUGCGCUCCCCUGCAGGCACUGCCAUGGUAGUGCGACUUAAGUUGUGGCCUCCGAGGUUUCCAUGUUAGACGAGAGCAAGGCACAGUGACAGUUGGUUGUAAAGGCCUCCGGUAUGGUUUAUGGCCCUUCUCCACCAUUGAACUCCCCACAAUACCAGGAGCACAAACCUUAUGCGGCUGGCAAGCUUCGCCCAGAAUGCUUCAACAAUGCUAUCCAGCCUGGAUAUAGUAGGUAGUUGUGUGCUUGAGGCACACAAGGCAGGCGCCAUUUUAGGUCUUGAAACCCUCGUAGUCAUGCUUCUGCGUUUGGUUCCACCUGACCCAAGGCUGCUGGGUGCCGGGAUGACCCUCACCGGCAGGGGGGGAGAGAGAGAAAGGGGCAGGAGACUGAGAGAUCGGCCGCUUCUCCGUGUCUCUAACCCCAGGACAGCUGUCAGUAGGCCGCAGGAUCUGUUUUCAGAGAAGUCUGUGCAGCCGUGCAAGAGGUCUAUGCUGACCUCCCCAGCUUUAGUAAAGUGUUAGUAGCUUUCUGAUCAAGAUUACUGCAUUGAAAGUACAGUAAAAUACUCUGAUUUGCAGAUUUCUCUUCAAGCUCAAACAGGGUGCGACUGCUUAGCAUGGCAGUCAGGCCCCGCCCCGACGUAUGUCCCUUUUAAAAGUAAAAAUGUCCACAAAUAAUCGGAAACAGACGAUCACUGUGAUACUGUCUAGGAAGUCCAUAACCAGGAAACAUAUUCCUGUGUUGGUGUUGACUGGAAUUCUGCGAUUAAAUGUCCUCCCUUGAGACUUUAACAUUGUUAAUCAGUACAGUUACCAUUUUGGUUUCUGAAAAUGGAGGGAUAUGUUCAAAAUUCCUAUACUGUUCAGUUUGUGGAUGUACAUACUCUUAAAUCAUCUUGCUGUCUGCACUCUAUCUUCUUGUGCAUACCGUAGUUUAAUUUCAAAUCAAUUGUGCUGGAAUACAGAACUGUGUCAAAAGAAUGUGUCCACUGUCUGAAUAUAUGUAGACUGUAUGCUAUUUUGUGUGUUGAGUGUCCCGUAACAUUAUGCCGUGCACUGAAUUUGCAGUUUUUUGUUUUUGCUUUUUUACAGUCCAACCAGUCUGAAGAGGCAUUCAAGCUGGAGGAUUUGAAACAACUUGAAACAAGUGAGUUUGUUUAAAAAAAACAAAGAAAAAAACCAUAUAUAGAUUAUUUAUGACCUGCUUUGAGAGAGGAAGUUGGGUACAAGUCUUCCAUGUCAUGAACUCGGCAUGCAUAAUUUAUCUCAAUAAAACUUGUUUAUGAUUUUAAUAAAAGUUAUUUCUAUAUACUCCAGCAGUUCAGGAAGGCUGCUGUGUGGAAACGUGGCAUUUGUUUAAGAUUCAAUGCUUAAUUAUCCCUUUAAAAAUGACAAAAAGAAUACAUUGGGACUUGGGUAGAGGAAGAUUACUGGGAGCCGCACGCAACCUUUGUUUUCUAGACAAUAUUUUAUAAGACCAUGGUUAUGAUCACUUUGGUGGUAGACAGAUGUAUAAUCUAAUCUAAACUAGAACCUGAAAAGGUCCAUACAACUUUAACAUUGACGUUAAACCCUGCAACGAAUAUAUAGUUUAUCUACUUGACGACUGUCCCAUGUGUCUCAUUUUGACAAAAACUGAGAAGAAUAGCUUCAGGAGAAACAGGCAUAGUAGGAUUGGUUGGUUGAGAAAGCUGUAAGGUUUCUCUCCUCCAACCCCUAAAAUAAGGAUAACAGGACUGUUUUGUGUGUCUGUAUGUGUGUAUAUAGUAGUUUAAGUUUCUAAUUCUGAUUUUCUGUUUUUAGUUUUAAGCAACAUCCUCACAUUCAACAAAGAAUUUCCUUUUGAUGUCCAACCAGUACCAUUAAGGUUGGAAACUUGUGUUUUUGUUUUUUUUCUGUUUUAAUACCUUCUAAAUUAUGGUUUUUGUGAAUCUCACAAAUUACUUUAGCUCUAACCGUAAAAAUUAAGUCCUUAAAUCACAGUUGUCUGUCGAAAUUUUUUUUUUUUUUUAAAGCUUCUUAAUUCUGUCUCUAAUUGGUUUGUGAAUAACCCCAACUGUGUAUAUAUUAAUAUAAGUAUAUAGAAUGUAUCAAUAGUACUUACUUCGUUGACUUCUAAAGGAUUAGGAUACCUCCGUAAACCAUGCUAGGGGUCUAACCUGCACUUAAAAUGAGUACUAGAGAUCCACAAGUGGAGCACUAACCACUGAACUGUCUCAUGAGGUCAAUAGACUAGACUACCAGCCAGUCCUAUAAUUUACUCACCAUUGCAAAUCUUUCUCUUACGUAACCAUUAGAUAAGUACAGGGCAGCAGCAGGCACUACUAUCCUGUCCGUAAAUGACUCUCUCAUCGUCCUACAAUUCCUCUUGUGUAAGAGUCCUAGGUAUUGCAAGAUGCCCUGUGUUUGUUGCCUGUGGACUCCAAAUUUGUUGCCUUUAUGCAGUAGCUAUAACGUAUGUCUAAAAACAUGAUCAGUCUACUUCCUUAGCUUCUAUAUUUCCAAGAAACUUGGCUAGCACAGUCUAUAGAUAACAUUUGUAUUCAUGCAAUGAUUUAGGGUGCCAAUACAUUAUGAAGUUUGCAUGUUAAGACUUAAUAGUUUUAAUAUUCUCUGCACAUGGGUGAGGAGGAGAUGUUGAUAGUAACUUACUCGUGAUUUCUCUCUUCUUUAUUGUCAUAACUCUUCUGGCAUGGACUGUAACAGCUGCAAUCGAACAUAUCUUCUGUGUUUAUUUGCAUUAAAUCAUACUUGGUAAGACUGUGUCUAGCUGACCUUUUGUUUUCACUUGACGUAGGAGGAUUUUGGCUCCUGGAGAAGAAGAGAAUUUAGAAGUGGAAGUGGAGGAAGAAGAAGGUGGUGCUGGGAUGGGAUCUCCUGACGCUUUCCCUGCGAGGGUCCCAGGUAUUCAUAUAUUUCCAAAGAUCUGACCAAGAAUGGACUCUUUAUACUGGAACUUCUUUGUUGUUUACCCAUUCCAUUGCACAUGACCUGCUGAGACUAUCUUCGUAAGAUUUUCCAAAACCCUUGUCUUGAAGAGGUAGAACUGCGCUUUCUUUUCAUAUACUGGUGUACAAUUUCCAAAAUCUGUGUAAGACACAGGCAGUUCUGUUGUUUAAGUGGUUAGGUCUUGCAUUUCUGUUUCCAUAAUCCUGGCUCAUCCCAUGGCUGCAAUAAUAGGCUUUUUUCAAAGAAAUGUAUUGUUCUUAGUUGAUGGUCCAGUCUAGUGGAUGAGCAGAGGUUCAUGCCUCUGUUUCUGCGGAGUGCUAAGGCCCAGCCCCACUGCUAUGGGUUGGCUGAAGUGAACAUUCACGUUAGCUAUCUAACACUGGACUACUUAAUUAUUAGUAGAGGUGCCAGUUUGAGUCCCCCCCAAACCCAGUUUGCGUGCAGUAUGUCUGCUCCUUCAAGAAUUGGCACUGGAAAGCUAGAAAAUCCUGGUGUACAUUAAAAUAAAGUUACCAUAAUCGGAAACUGAUGAAUAUUUCCAUUGAAGCUGUUUUCUUAAAUCUGCUGCCAAUGUUAUCAUGGUUUUUAUUCCAUGUCUUUGGCCUAGUGAUAUUUUAUACAGUUACAUACUUUUUUUCUCCUUGCUCUUCUGUAAACAUAGAGCUGACCCCAAAAAACUGUGUUUUUGUCAUUGUUGCAUGCCGUGUUGUACUGUCAUCAAUGCAAACCCUGUUGUCUUUUAUUUUGCCGCAUUAUGUUGGUCCCGUGGUUGCUCGUUGCAUGGCUUCAUCAUUUGCUUGUAUCACAUCCCAUCCCGUUGUACUCAGGAGCAAUACAAGGUAUGAGCAUUUUUUCCCCCAUUUACUUUACACAGUGUAAUGCAGAACUUACCUGACUACUGUUCCAUUUGUUUCCUUUUAUUAAAUAAUUUUAUAUUUAUUUUCCAAUGUUUGUUUCCGCGUGUGUGUAUGUAUUUACACACAUGCAUACAUAGAUUAAGGAGCUGCAAACAAAGCUACUUAAAACCACCUAUCUGAGCAAACAAAUAUGGGGAUUUAGUUACACCAUAUGGUGAUCAUGUUAAGGCUACCACUAUGUCACAGUACAAAAAAAAAUAAUAAAAAAAAAAAAAAAAUAUAUAUAUAUAUAUAUAUAUAUAUAUAUAUAUAUAUAUAUAUAUAUAUAAUCUACACUAAUCAGCCACAACAUUAAAACCAUCUGCCUAAUACCAUGUAGGUCCCCCUUGUGCUGCCAAAACAGUUUGCAUCGAUGCAUGGACUUCACAAGACAUCUGAACAUGUUCUGUGGUGUCUGGCACCAAGACAUUAUCAGCAGAUCCUUUAAGUCUUGCAAGUUGCGAGGUGGGGCCUCCAUGUACCACAAAUGCUCAGUUGGAUUGAGAUCUGUGGAAUUUGGAGGCCAAGGCAACACCUUGAAGUCUGUCAUGUUCCCCAUCCAUUCCUUGACAAUUUUUGCAGUGAGGCAAAGUGCAUUAUCCUUCUGACGGAGGCCACUGCCGUCAGAAGGACAAAAUCAUUGUCAUGAAGGGGUGUACAUGGUCUGCAACAAUCUUUAAGUAGGUGGUACCCAAGGAUUCCUAGCAGAGCAUAACCCUGUCUCCACCGGCCUGCUUUAUUCCUAUAGAGCAUCUUGCUCCCAUCUCUUCCCCAGGUAAAUGACCCACAUGCACCCAGCCAUCCACCUAUCUAAAAGAAAAUGUGAUUCAUUAGACCAGGCAACCUGUUUCCGUUGCUCUGUGGUCCAGUUCUGACACUUAAAUCACCAUUGAAGGAACUUACGAUUGUGGAUAGGGGUCAUCAUUGGCUCUCUGACUGGCCUGCGGCUAUGCAGCCCCAUAUGCAACACACUGAUGCACUGUGUCUUUUGACAUCUUUCUAUCAUGGUCAGCAUUUAUUUUUUUCAGCAAUUUGAGCUACAGUAGCUCUUCUUUGUGAUCAGACCAAAUGAGCUAGCCUUCUUUUCCCAUGUACAUCAACGAGACUUGGGCACCCAUGACACUGACUUUGGUUCACUGGUUGUCCUUCCUUGCACCACUUUUGGUAGGUUCCAACUACUGCAUAUCACUCAGAUCUGUUUGCUUGCCCUUUUGUCCCCUAUUUCCAACACAUGAAAUUUAAGAACUGCCUGUUCACUUGCUGCCUAAUACCCCCCUUAACAGGUGCCUUUGUAACAAUAAAAUCAAUGUUAUUCACUUCACCUGUCAGUGGUUUUAAUGUUGUGCCUGAUCAGUCUAUAUCAUUUUAUAAAUAAUUAUUUUUCCCAUUGUGAUAUGCUAUUGUAAAAUAAAUAGUUUACAACAACAAUAAAGCAGUAAAUAUGUAGUGGAAACGAGCGAAUGCAUAUGCCUUGUGAGUGUCUUUAUUGUACUUUAUCUGCUUUAUUUUGGGUAAAUAUUACUUUUUGCAGUAUUUUAGUCUGUUUCGACUGUCGCUGUAUUUUAGAUAUCAUGCUAAAUAGCCUUUUAGGCUCUGGCAUGUAUAUAUUUUACAUAAUAGAAGUCUUAUUAAAGGGACACUAUAGUCACCCAGACCACUUCAGCACAAUAAAGUGGUCUGCGUGCCAGGUCCCUCAGGUUUUAACCCUUCAGAUGCAAACAUAGCAGUUUCAGAGAAACUGCUAUGUUUACAUUUGGGGUUAAUCCAGCCUCUACUGGUUGUCUUCCGGACAGCCACUAGAGGCACAUCUGCGACGCUGGAGGCACAUUUAGGCACAUCCUUAGGGAAGGGGACCCUAAGGAUGGGGGCACCCCCAGGGUGCUUUAGUGUCAGGGAAAACAGCUUUGUUUUCCUGACAUUAUAGUGAUCCUUUAAAAUAUGCAUGAAGCAAAAUUUAGAUUUCAUUCAUAAUUUUGCUUUUUGUUUUAUGUGUGUGUAUAUCAUCAUUGUAUUUGUUUUAUGAAAACUAUGUUGAUGGCUUCACACCCAAAUGUUAAUAUUUCAAAGAGAGUAUUGCCCAUUUUGGCUUAAAAUGUAAAAUACUCAUCUAAUAGAGCUCUUUGAUGCUUCUGCAUUAAUGGGGUUUUUACUUUUAUUUUAUUUCCAGGUACUCUUUUACCGAGAUUGCCUUCGGAGCCAGGGAUGACACUACUUACUAUAAAAAUUGAAAAAAUUGGCUUAAAAGAUGCAGGACAAUGUAUUGAUCCCUACAUGACAGUUAGUGUAAAAGGCGAGUAUAUAUUCUUAUUUACGUAAAAGCAUAAUUUCAUACAGCAGCAGUGAAAAAAUCAGUGCGACAUACAUACAGAGUCUGACUUGUACUAUAAUAGUGAUUAAUGACCUCUUUUCCCUAGAGCAGGGGUUCCCAGCCCAGUCCUCAAGUACCCCCUAACAGUUCAGGAUUUAGGGAUUACCCUGUUGUGUCUAAAGUGUUUUUUUUUUUUUUUUCAUUAUUUCUAAAAGCACCUUAGACACAACUGGGUAAUCCCUAAAUUCUGGACUGGUAGGGGGUACUUGAGGACUGGGUUGGGAUCCAUUGCCCUAGUGGACUGAUUUGGGCCCUCUGCGAGUGUACGUGGAAGUCGCUACUUUCUCCCUUUUUCCUUGAAGGACAUUCUAGGAACGGAUUGAGUUGUGGGUUUCUAGAAUUUGGUUCUAUAAUAAAAAAGUCACUGGAACGAGCAGAUAAAAGUGCCAUGGUUCUUCCUGAAGACUUUAGACACUUCCACAGAGGCACUGCAAAGAUUUUCAAGCAUAAAGGCCUAUCUGGAGCAUUUCUUUGUAUGAAUGGAAAUGUCACGUGCAGCAUCCCAGCAAUCUCUAUUUCAUUUUGGAAUUAUUACAAAAUAUAAUGGCACUGUGCCCUGGGCUUUCAAGCAAAGAGAAAUACACAAGUCUGUGUCAGGUUGACCAUCAUGUAGCUAUGUGAGAUGGACAGUGGCUGUGCACGUUGUAUCCCUCGCCAGUGCUCUUCCCGAGACUCUUCUUGACAUUUCCUGUGAGGAAUGUACAAUCUAGUUUCUGGGAAUCCUCCUUUCACGUCCAAGUUUCACAGCUGGUUUCAGAAGAUUCUCUUUUCGUGUUGUCAUUUGGCUAAGUUGCCGUUCCACACCUUUUGGAACUGAAUUUAGUUUAAGUAUGCUGGUGGAGCUGUGUACCAGCAGUGAUGUAUUAACAUUACCGAAUAAAACAAAUUGCCUGGAAUCAUGAGCGAGAGAGAGAGAGUAUAUAGAUCUGCUAGUCAAGUUGCUUGUAAAUGGAUUUAUAAUUGUUUAUUUUCUUUUUACUAGCACUUGGGUUAAGCACUAAAUGUACAUAUUUAGCUUCUGAUAUGGAUGCGUGCAUAUAAUAAGAAUGAAUUUUGAUAAAUUUUAAAGCUGGCUCUGGGUUAAGUACCCCAUUGCCUCGAUAUUUAAAUUCUUGGUCUUGAUAACGAGGGCACAUUUUGGUGCCAUGGUCACCCCCCAACCACAACAAAUGAAAGUAGGAUAAGAACAAGAACUUCACUUUGCACCAGGACAAUUCUCUGCUCUGAAAAUAAUCUCAGGGACACACAAUUUGAAUUAGGGAGGCCCUGGCCCAUUUCUGUAUAUGUUUAUUAUGUCCCUAUCUAGAACACCGCAUGGUUUAUAAAUACCCACCUGAACACUGAUGGCUAGUUGUAUGUCCCUCCCUAAUUACAAAAUGGCCUCUGGGUGACAAUGUUUGACCAUUUAUUAUUUUUAUGAAACCUUUUAUUGUUUACAGGAGACACGUGGUUAUAUUGGAAGAACCUAUAAAAUAAAUACCAACUCUUACCUUAUACAGAACGAACAUAAAGAGCUGAGAAGUCUUUGGUCCACUCUGGCAACGUCACACUUUGUUUUAUUUUAGAUUUUGUCUGGUUUCCUUGGUUCCUUUUUCUCUGGUUAUGGUGGUCACACUAGUUGGUAUUCUCUCUUCAGUUCAAUUGUGGAGAACCGCAGCUGUUCAACCCCUUAAGGACCAAACACAUGUCAUAUGUCCUUAAGGGGUUUACCACUGGCAACUUAAAAUAAGUUUGCAUCCAGAUGCUGUAGUUUGUCAAGAGCUGAGCAAUAUCGCAUCACCUCCAACUGGUUAUUUGAAAUUUUCUCUAAUUUAAUUCAACUAGUGGGUGUUUGUAUGUGUAAUGUAAAAUGUGGGGUGUAGGAAUGACUAUUUUCUACUCCUGUUUUGCACAGAUAUAAAUGGCAUUGAUUUGACUCCAGUACAAGAUACGCCAAUGGCUUUGAGGAAAGAAGACAUGUAUGUUCAUUUUAAUGUUGAGAUUGAAAUCCAGAAACAUGUUGAAAAACUCACAAAAGGUAGGUACUAGGUUUUGUUUUUUGUUUUGUAAAUAUCUGAUGGUUUUUAUAAAGAGAAGGAAUAUUGCGGGAAAAACAUAAAUACUUCAAAUCAAGCAUCACAAACAUUUUUGAAAUAUUUCGUACGUGUACAUACAAUCAGAAUUACAAAUUGUCUAGAAAAGGUGCAUAAAUCAUUUGAAAAGGUUGGGUGUGUGAAUGCAGCUAAACUAGGUAUGUGUGAGUGACUGACUGUGUAUCCUAGUGAGUCAUUCAUUAGGUGUGUGUGAGUGGCCAAUUAGUUUGUGUUGCUCUCCAGUAAACAUUUUGUCUGGCUGCUAACUUUUGGCAUGUGGCUCCAAGAUUCUACGGAACUUUGUCAGCUCUUGUUUUAAUCUGCAGAUUAUACAAAUGCCUAGGUUAAAUUGUAUAUUUCUAUGUGGUGAGCAAAAGAACUUUGUGAUGGGUUAUAGUUGGGGUAAUAUAUAGUAGGAGUAAAGAAACAAAAACAAUGGAGUCAAUUGUAUUGUAGUCGAGCUGUCUGAUAUUCCUAAAUUCAUGUUCUCUCUCAAAGCAUGUCUGCACCAUGUUAAUGUCCAUUUUUUCCAUUUUGUCUUUUCUCUCUCAAUUGCUUGCUUCCAACAAGUAAUGUUGCCUUUUAUCUGCAGGGGCAGCUAUUUUCUUUGAAUUUAAACACUACAAACCUAAGAAGAGAUUUACAAGCACAAAGUGUUUUGCCUUUAUGGAGCAGGAUGAAAUCAAAUCUGGCCAAAUGGUUAUAGAACUGUAAGUGUGUCUGUACUUAUGCAAUCUGCUAUUUAUUCAGUACCCUCAGUAUGCCAUUAUCCUUAUUUAUUGUAUUGUCCAUAAUUUAAGAUGGAUAGACUUAAAGGAUGUCUCUGGUUACAUAACUUCAUCUUGAUGAGUCUAGAGCCUAGAGUCCCCAGCUGCCGUCUCAAAAACAGUUUAACAUCCUAGAUCCUCUCCGGGGAAGCUGUCAUGCUGCCUCCUCUGCCUCUUGGAUAAUAGGGAAUCAUUGGCUUGAGCGGCCAGUGAUGGUUUGAAACCGCUUGCAUUGUCAGACUAUCACCGUCUUUUCGGUGCAUUCACUGAACAGAAAUACUGGUUUACCCUCCAAGCACCAAUUGGAAUAGUUAUCGUCAAAUAGAGAUCGACUUACUUAUUUAAAAAAGACUAGUAGGAAGUUCUUGUUAAAAAUUUUAUAUUCAUUAAAAAGUCCCAAAUGAAAGGUAUGUUCUGUUACAUUGUUUAACUUACUAGUAUUAAAAUAAUGCAACAUUGAGUAGCGCAGACUAGAAAUGAGAAAUGACUGUGUCAAGUGAGCUGUAAUUGUUUAAUUUAAAAACGGUCACUAAAUUGUUAGGAUGGUUAAUUUUGCAAUUGGAACUUUGAAAAAACAGAUUGUUUAAACCAUUUUAUUAGUUUAGUGGUGCUGUAUGACAAUACACUUUAUGCAUGAGCUGAUUUUUUUGGGUCGUUUGUAUGAUUUGGCACCUUAGCACACCAGGCUGACUGAGAAAACGUACCACAUCAUAUGUUAUUUUAUUCUGGAGUUCACAAAUAUCGUAUGGUGUCAAGAAAUUAGCCUUUUGACACUUGCAGGAGCUGUGUUUCUGAGCAGCUUUAUUUUGUGUUGCUCGUAGUCUAGGUUAGUUUGUGUAUCUUUAAGUGAUGUGACUACAUUUUAAAUUGUAGGGACUGUAUCCUCACAGCAAAAAAAAAAUUAUAGUAAAUUUGCAUUCUUGAAGUGUCCCUUUAAAAAUACAUAGUUUUCCACCCAUCCUUCCGGAUGCAUAGCUUUGUCUGUGCCUCAGAGGGAUCUAGGCUUUCCACCUGAUCUUGAGACUCUAAAGCAGGCUUCCUCAAACUCUGGCCCUCCAGAUGUUGCUGAACUACAACUCCCAUGAUUCUAUGAAUUAAACGUAGGCUGAAAAUCAUGGGAGUUGUAGUUCAGCAACAUCUGGAGGGCCAGAGUUUGGGGAAGCCUGCUCUAAAGGCUCAAUAUGUAUUAACCUAAGGAACAGGACCACAAAAUCCUCAUGCAUGGCACUUAACUUCACAUAGACUGGUCAAAAUUAGCAGAUCAGUUAUGAUCUCUCUUAGAAGCACUAUGGUGGACUUGCCUAUAAUGAAAAAACAGUGAGAUGUCACUCAAGCUGCUCCGUAACAACAUGUAUAUGGAAAAGACAAUAUGAUUAGAUUACUCCUUCAUAUGUCUAAGCAUUCCCAUAGAGCUUGGGCCGUGAAUAUCUGCCAAGUACUUCCUUGAGUUAUUUUGUGCUUUGAUAUCUGUCUAUACAUUUAAACUGUGCGAAAGCUAGGUCUAUCAGGAACAUUUCUGCAGAAAACGAGGAAGUGAUAUGAGAAUGGUGACGUUUAGAAGGGCAAGUUAACCCCUUAAGGACCAAACUUCUGGAAUAAAAGGGAAUCUUGACAUGUCACACAUGUCAUGUGUCCUUAAGGGGUUAAACCAGCAAAUUGUCUAAUUUUGUUAAAUGUUCAACUUUUUGAUAAAAGUAUGGAUAAGUGUGUGGUAGACUUUUGUUCCAGGUAGUUUUUUUUUAUUUUUUAUUUUUUCAGUGUUCCUUGAAUGGUUGUAAAAUGAAAUCAGUUCAUUUUCUCUUUUUUCACUUUUUUCAGCUACAAGAAACCAACUGACUUUAAACGGAAGAAAUUACAACUUCUAACAAAGAAACCACUCUAUCUUCACCUGCAUCAAACAUUACACAAGGAGUGACCAUUGUCAAGUCUUCCAUCUCUUCUAAUAGAACCACUUCUCACUGUGAAAAAUCACACACCCCGCACCCAGUAUAGGUGGCCUCUACAACCCUAACUGGAGUUUUAAAUGAAGAAAGAUCUGAAAGAUCCAAUGUGGUCUUACAAGGUCUAUGUAUUCUAUUUCUAAAUAUAUUUUUAUGUAUUGGUUUUCCAAACAAAUGAAGUUUGGGGUUUUUUUUUUGUUUGUUUUCUCAAAGACCACGGUAAUGUAAAACUAAAGCAAUAAUAAAUAGAUUUGUGUGGAUUAUAUGGUAAAAUUGUCUAGUAGCAUUGGGAUGUCUGACAUCCUCUGACAUGUGAAACAUUCGUUUGAAGGACUUGGUGACUGGUUCACUCCUGUAUAUAACGUGUUUGAUGCUUCAUGGUUUAUCUUCAUGCAGUUUACAGAUCUAGGCCUGCUCCCCAAGAAAGCAUGGUCUUUUUUUUUUUCUACACAAGGCCAUUGUAAAAUGUGUACUUAAAUAGAAUAUCAUUUUAAUAACCAUACCAAAAUGUGGUGUUUAUACAGUGCAUGAUAUUCCUUCCUGUAUCUCAGUAUGAGAUUUUAAUUCUUUGCUCCUCAAAUAUUUUAUGAGGGGAGGACAAAAUAUAUAUAUAUAUAUAUAUACAUACACACACACAGAGUUGUAGUUUUGUACUUUUUUUUUUUUCUUUUCAUUCUUUCAUAAUUUUCUCCAAAUGUGUGGGUUUUUUUAAUAAACAUUUUUGAUUAACAUUAACUUUCUGUUCAUUUAAACACUUCAUAUCAAAUUCAAGGAUUUUUUUUUUAUUAUAAUUUGACAUCUAUUUCCUUGCUUAAUGAAUGCCUUCAGCUUAAUGAACAAACUGAGUGCUCUGGAAAUGCAUCAUUCCUUAUGUAACUUUUUAAAAAAAAUUUUUAUAAAAGAUUGUAAUGAAUGGUUUGGUGGAUUUGAUUUAAUUUUUAUGUAUAAUUUUUUGCCCCCUUUUGUACUUUUUUUUUUUUUUUUUCUUCUCCAUUGGAUACUGACAUUUAUUGAUCCGUUAAUUCCUCUUUGUGUAUCAACACCAAAAUCGAAAAGGUUGAUUGGCAUUGUAAUCUGGUCUGAUUUUGGUUUGAAAUGUUAUAUUACCAGCUGCAUCGCAGUAGAGAGAUGAAGAAAAAGUACCUCUUAAUCGGGCACAAUUUAUUUUUAAUACUGAAAGCCUGAAUAGCAUAAUUUUUUAUGUUUUGUCUAUGACUGAAUUGUUACCAUAUGUUUCUAGCUCCUGGUUUGUGCUAUUCUUACCAAGGUGUAUUUAAGAAAGACUCUGUAUCCAGUACAUUUCCAAACAUUAGACUAGAGCAAGGAAAUGCAGGAUUCAUCAUUCAUGUCAUUUUAAAGGGAAGCCUGCAAGGACCUGAAAUAAAUGUUUAGAUCUACCGUCAUGCUGUUUUGAGAGGACAGUAUCAAUGACCUAACCCGAUAUCUACAAUAUAGACUAUUAUGCAUUUCAAACAACUGCUUUCAUGUAUAAGUUGUUUAUAAAUAAAUGGUUUUGUUAGAUUUGUGACUUCUCCAUUAAUUGAUCACCUGCACUUUGCCAUGACUCGUUCCAUUAUAAUGCACAAUAUUGGAGUAUGUAAUAUGCACAUAAAUAUUUCAGGACUAAACUCAUGAAAAGUAUGUAACCAGGAUAGAUAUGUUAGAAUAGAUAUGUAUUGAAUAACGCAGAC